AGCAGUUGGAGAGUAGUUAGUCUGUCUUUUAAAAAUCAUACAGAACAUGUCACCUGUUAGGGCAGGGCAGGUAAGCAAAGGAGUAGGCUUUCUCUCUCUUCCACUCUUCAUAUGCCCCUCUCUCUCUCUCUCUCUCUCUACCCUCGGUAACCAGUCUUUGCUCUGUAAAGCAGGAACUUGAUGCUUCCAUCACAAUUUUCUGCAAGUACCCAGUUGAUGAAUUUGGUCUCUCAUUUGUCUAAUUCAAGCAACCGUUUGGUGCUCUCUAGGGUUUCUAUCAAACACCCAAUUUAGGUCCACUGUUAAAUCAAUGCCUCUGCCCCUUCCAGUCUCUGUGGAAUUCAAGUAGAAUUCUGAUGCUUUUAUUGCCCUUUUCGGGUACCCAUCUGAGAACCUUUUAAAGGGUUCUAUCCAACUACCCUUUUUUGGGUUCUUGUGCAGCUGUUGAUUCAUAUCUUCUACUUCCACCUCUGGUAUAUUUCAAUCUCAAGGUUUUCUUUAGAACUAUUCCCAUUUUGAAGCUUGUUCUUAAAAUCAAAAAAUUGGGUGGAGGAUGUGAGAAAGAUUUAAAAUUUAUUCUACCCAUUAAACAAAAGAGUGUGAAAAAGGGAAUCUACUUUCUUUUUGGUUAGUCUGGUGAGCUGUUACUUAGCUAUUGUCAUUUAAUUUUUUCCUUUUUUUUUUUGGUCCACUUUAUGCUCUGAAAGGUUCACACUUUUUCUUGUCUCUCGGAAAUUACUUUUUCCCCAUCAGGGCAGGCUUGAUCCUAGGGUUCUUGGAAAGCAGAUAUGAUAUAACUAGCUGGUGCUGUGUAGAUUUUAUGCCUGGUGCAUUGGAUUUCUUCUUCUUUUUCUAUGUGUAAUAUUGGAUGCUGCAAUUGAGAGGAUUCCUUUUGCUUUAACCCCCUUCUCACUUCUAUAAAGCUGCAAAGGCUAUUUGUUCCUUGUUUAGUGUUGCAAGCUAUAACCCACCUAAUUUUAGUCAAACCCUCUUUUGCCUUUAUAUUUAUAUAGUUCCUUGUGGUUUGGGGGAACUUUUGAAUUGGGGGUUUCUUUUCAAAGGGUUAAGGGCUUCCCCAUAGGAGUUGGAACUUCCUUUGUUUACUUUGAGGAAAUGGGUACUGAGGAAAAUGGCAACAUGGGAUUUCAACAAAGGAAUGGUGAUAGCAUUCUGAAUUGCCCAACUUCUGGGAUGAACACAACAAACCCUUUCUUUGGUUCUGGUUGGGACCCCCUUGUUUCGCUGAGUCAGAGUGAGAAUUUUGGGGGUUCUUUUGGCAACUCAAAUUACUCCCACCUUGUUCAUUACCCAUCUGAUUCUGGUCUAGUUGAGAUGGUACCAAAGCUUCCAUUCUUUGGGGGUGGUGGGAAUUUCUCAGAAAUGGUUGGUUCCUUUGGGUUACCAAAUUAUGCCCCAAAUGAGGAAGAUGGCACUGAGAAGACCUCGACAAAUGGGGGAGACCAGCAAGUUUCAGAAGAGGGUACAAUGGGAAUUUCGCCUUGCGGAAAGAGGAAAAAGAGAGUAUCAGAGUCCAAUUCUCCAUUCAAUCCUAGUAAGAAUACUGAGGGAGAGCAACAAAUGGACAUAUCUGGUGAUAGUUCUCAGGAAGAGAAGAAACAGAAAAGUGAACAUAACCCAAGUGCAAAUUCCCGCGGUAAGCAAACGGGCAAACAAGCGAAAGACAAAUCAGACAGUGGAGAAGCACCUAAAGAGAAUUACAUUCAUGUGAGGGCGAAAAGGGGCCAGGCAACGAAUAGUCACAGCCUCGCGGAAAGGGUGAGAAGAGAGAGGAUUAGUGAGCGAAUGAGAUUGCUUCAAGAACUUGUCCCCGGAUGCAAUAAGAUUACUGGGAAGGCGGUAAUGCUUGAUGAGAUUAUCAAUUAUGUGCAGUCCCUGCAACAGCAGGUUGAGUUUCUGUCGAUGAAACUUGCCACUGUCAAUCCAGAACUAAAUAUUGAUAUAGACAGAAUCCUAUCCAAAGAGAUUCUACAUUCGGGGGCCAGCAAUGCAGCUAUUCCUGGAUUUGGUCCAGGAAUGAGCUCUUCUCACCCUUACCCACCCGGUAUUCCACAGGGAGUCUUGUCAGGUAUACCAAGUACAUCCCCAUAUCACAGCCUGCCUCAGAAUCUGUGGGAACACGAGCUUCAAAGUCUUCUCCAAAUGGGUUACGAUUCUAAUCCUGCUAUUGGCAAUCUUGGACCCAACGGUCGAUCGAAAUUGGAGCUAUAAGGUUUCGGAAGAUGUUAAAUUGUUUCUCCUUCUAUUCUCCUUCUAACAGGCUAUUCAAUUAUCUCUAUGUUGACUGCACAUUGAAUUCAACCGGCGACUAUGGAAACUGGAAAGCAGAAAAAAUUCUUAAAGAGUUGUAUAGGUUAUCAGCUCCUAACUCUUUUGUUUCUUCGAUUUUUAGCAGAAGAAGAUCGUGACCAUGUUAGAUUAAAUAUCAUGUAUAUCCAAAUUUCAGUCCAGAAAACUAUGUGUUUGAUUGGUGAGGAGUAUUGUUUCAUUGGUUUUGUAGAUUAAAUGACUAUGUUUGAAGCUCAGACCUGCCCUCGGCUGAAGUUAAGUUUACAAGGGCAUGAAGUUGAAAUGAAAAAUGCAUGGGUUUGGGAGAUU